AUGUCUGCCGCACCUGUUCCUCCGCAGGACUUCGAGUUUGAUGAUGAGUUUGAUCCUGACAUUGAUCCUGAGCAUGAGGUUGACUUCGUUCCUGACGAUCAGGUUUUUGAUGUACCCACUGAUCUCGAGCCGAUACCCGCUGAUCUUGGGUUAGCACCAGCCGACCCUGAGCCUAUGCUUGCACCCGAGCCUAUACCUGUUCAUGAUCCUCUGCCUGGGCAUGACCCUCUCCAGCAGGAGAUGUUGUGUCGCAGAGUCAUGGAUCUUGAGAGGAUUCCACGUCCUCCACCUUGCACUUGUCCGUCACCAUUCGCGAUUCCACCCGCUCCUCUUCUGCCAUACCCAGAUUUUGACGUUCGUUUUCUUACUAUGGAGCAGCAGAUUAGUUAUCUGUUGCGUAUCGUUCAUGCACUUGAGGAGGAGUUAGCGCAUGUGCGCAAUUUGCUUUUCGUUCCUCCUCCACCUCCUCCUCCACCAUCAGCAUAG